CAAGGCAGGCAGGCCGCGCCCAUCCGCUCCAGCCUGGGCAUUCCUGCUCCUCAAGGCACACCCAGGCUCAGUGCUGCACACAUCUAACACUCUGUCACCAGCUCUGCCGCCUCCACACCAGGCAACGUUUCCUCUUGCCAUCGUCUUCUCGGCCCUGUGUCAACGUGCUCGGCGCGGCAGGUCCUCUGCAUCGGGGUCACCAUGCCGACACUUGAGCUAAACCCUCGCUCCAUCAUCUCUCCGCUGGGGAUUGUCCGCUUAUUUGAGAUCUUCCUCUCUUGCACGGCCUUCAGCUUGGUGGCUGUCCACCACAGCUAUGAUGGCGCCGAAGGAGCCUGGUCCAUGUUUACCUGGUGCUUCUGUUUCACCAUCUCUGUCUUCAUUGUGAUCGUGGAGCUCCUCGGCUUGGCCGAGUCGCUGCCUCUCUCCUGGCAGGACUUCACCUCCGCCUUCUCCAUGCUGGCCGCUCUCAUGGUCUUCACCACGUCAAUCCUCUACCCGUCCAUCUUCAUAUCAAAGAAGUGCCGAUCCACAAAAUGCAGCUACGAGGGCGCAGCCACCGCCAUGUCCUGCUUGUGCUUCAUUGCCUACGCCAUAGAAGUGGGGUUGACCAGGGCCAAAGCUAGAGAACUCGGCAGCUUCCUUGCCACCAUCCCUGGCCUCCUGAAGGUCUUUGAGAUCUAUGUGGCUUGCAUCAUCUUCUCCUUGGUGGGCGGAACGGGGGGGUACUAUGCAGUGUGGCCUGGCCUCCAGAGGUGCCUAGCCGUCUACUGCAUCUGCUUCAUCAUCACGCUGCUCAUUGUCAUUCUCACCAUCGGGCGUUGCCUCGCCAGCCUGCCUUUCCCCUUGGAGAAAGCCCUGGUGGGCUACAACAUCUGGGCUGUGGCCUUAUAUGUAACGGCGGUAAUUGUAUGGCCCAUAUACUCCUUCAAACUCAUUACAAGACCAUAUCCGUGUACCAUGGAUAAUUUUUAUUGUAUCCGCUGGAACAAUCUGCUCGGGGUGACCUUCCUCACAUUCUUCAACCUCAUCGCCUACAUUGUGGACCUUGUCUACUCUUCUAAGAUGGUCUUGGUGACCAUGCCAGCUUAACCUUCCUCAUCUGGAUAGGACUGAAACCAUUCCGAGAUGCUGUUUGGGUCUAGAAUGCAUAAGGCAGAGGCCACCCCAAGACCUUGUCUGGAGGCUUCAUUGUUUUGUUUUUUAAAAAAUCUAUUUUUUAUAAUUUUUAUUUUUGUCUUCUUCUUCCAUGCCUGGAUUGUGGCUCUUUUGCCGGACUCUGCUUCCUAAGGGACACAGCUCUCACCUCACCCUCCAGGGCCUCCACGAUUUAUAUGCAGCUGUUCAUGAUGUCACUGCAAGUCACGCACAGAGUUUUACCAAAGCAAGGGAAAGAGUUCGGAAAAGUCUGCUCCCUGGUGCGUCUGUGUCAGUCCGUUGCUCUUUUUUUCUUUCUUUAAGGCAGCUAUCCAGAGUCAAGGAAGGGAGAUAUUUAUGGGGAGAGGGAGGAGAGUGUGGUGGAAUGUAAGAAUCAGGAAGGGCGGCUGGUGCAAAAUCCUAUCGCAGCUGAACUUGCCACCUCAGCAGGAGGAACUAGCCUUCACCUUUGCACAAGGCUGGUAAUGUGUAGAAGACCAUUUCCCCUGCUCACCCUGCUUCCUGGGACGAUACAGCAAGGCUGUGCAGAGGCCCGAGCUACCCUGUGAUGAAUGCAUGCUCGUCCUGAGGUAGCUUGGCCCUCUGUGUUGCUCUGCUAAGGUGGAGAAGGGCCAUGGCUGAGCCAGACAGUGCUGAGCUAGAUGGACCAAUGGCCUGACUGAGUAUAAGGCAGCUUCCUGUGAGGUUGGGCUCCUGCUUUCCAGCACAUGGUUUGCAGAGAGUUGGUAUUACUUUUGGACUGGAUCUCUACGAGACAACUUCUUAACGUUGAUCCUAGGAAAUGUAUAAUCUAGUAACAGUGUACUGGUGCAAUUGUUCUCUGUAUAUAUCCGCUCAGAAUUUCUUAUGAUUUCAAAGUAAACAUCAGCUGCCAAAACUCACCAGUAGAGCAUCUGUGUUGCAUGCAAAAGGUUCCAGGUUCAAUCCCCAGCAUCUCCAGGUAGGGCUGGGAGACAGACCCUUGUCUACAACCCUGGAGAGCUGCUACCAGUCCGAGUAGACGAUACUGAGCUAGGUGGACCCAUGAUCUUGAUUCAGUGUAAGUGACAUGAAACAGAUUGAAAUGAAGAAUGUCAGUUUGCAAUCUUUUAAUUAAUGUAAGUGCUUCUGUGAUCUGCAGAAGGUAGAUGGCAUUUGAGAAAUCUCCCCUUUCAUUCUCACCCCAUUGGAAGGGAGGGCCUGUUCUCUGCAGCAAAACAGGCAUUUGAUGUCUAACAAAGCAAGGACGUUUUUUUCCUUCCAAAACUAUUGUUUGAAUUUUAUGCAGAUUUAAUUGGUGUUUCAAAAUUCAUUUGACUAAUCAACCACUAUUCCUUUUAAACAGAGGAGAUAGCACAGGUCAGUUCAGUUAGUAAGCUAGCCAACAGAGAGCAGUGGUAGUCGUUCUUAGGGAUUGAGGAUAAAUCUGAUUCAGCUGGCGUUUAAAGGUAAACUUAUCAAAUUUGCACUCACCAAAAUGAUAUGAGAACUGAAAAACACAACCCUCCUGCAAAGUGUACCCCUCUCCAAAUUUUGCAGUGUCAUUCACACAAGUGCUGUGUACAAAAAUGCAUAUUCUUGGGUAAAGGAUGCCUAACAAUGCAUCUAUGAAUGAAGAUAGCACACGUAAAUGCAUUAUAUUAUUUUAGGGGAAAUUGUAUGCAAAUGUGUAUAUUUGAGAAAAAAAUGUGCUGCCAUACUGAUGGAUUUUCAUGAGGAUUUUUUCCCUUAAUUGCAAACUGUUGUGGAAAGGUGGAGAAGGGACCUUAAGAUUGGAAAACGGAGAAACUGAGAGAUUCUCGCAUUGACGGAUUUACCCAUCCCGGGUUGCACUCAGAGUAGGCCCAUUGAAAUGAACAGGCAUGAUUAACUUAAGUCCAUUAGCUUCAAUGAGCCUCCUCUGAGUAAAGCUUAGCUAAAUACAGUCUGGGGCUGCAGCCAUAAAAACAUGAUUUAAGGUCCUGGGUUCAAUCCCCAGCGUCUCCAGGUAAGGGUGGAAAAAUCCACUACCUGAAAUCCUGGAGAGCUGCUGCCAGUAAGUGCAGACAACACAGAGCCAGAUGGACCAAUGGCUUGGCUCAGUAUAAGGCAUCUGCCCGUUAGGUCUUACUUUUGAGUAGACAUGCAUGUGAUUGCACUGUAAAAGAACCUGCAGUCCAGCAACAUCUGGAGGGCCACAGGGCCCAUCAUCCCUGACCAUUGGCCAUGCUGGCUGGGGCUCACGGGAGUUGGAGUCCAACAACGUUCAGAAGACCAAAGGUUCCCUGUCCCUGCUUUAGAGGGAAGGGCUAUUUUUAAUCUGUCAGACUGAGAGAUUGUUUUUGCUUCUGGUGUGUUGCUGUUUUGGCUCUAGUGUGUCACCGUAACAGAACGGUAAAUGCAAACAUAAAGGACAAGCUUUCCUUUUAGCAAUUAGCGGGUGUUUUUGUUUAUUCAGUCGUGGGUUCAUUCUUCCACGCCCUCUGACAACUCUAAAAGGGUACCUGU